AUGUGCCCCGAGAAGUCUGCUUUGGGCUUUGAGUUGAGUUGUGCUAACUUGGGCGCCACGACCGGCAGUCGUGUGCGGCUGCGUUGCGGCAUCGUCCUUUUGCUGCAAGGAGAUGUCCCGCCUAUGACCACACACCAGGCUGUGGCAUCAGCCGCGGCCCUGCUACGAGAAAAUGACCCUGUGAGAGCCGCCAAGGCACUGAACCACGCUGCACCGUUAACUGUACAUCUCAUGGUGAAAGAGCACAUCCGACUUUUGGACCGAGAUGCCAGGUGGCAAUUUCAAGCCAUGAAUUUCAAUCGUGUGUGUUCUGCUUGGGCUUUCUGUAACUUGUGGUCAAGCACUGCAAGCUGGAAGCUUUCAAGUGGAGCUUAA